AUGACGAGCAACUCAAAGCCGACUGUGCGGCCGAAAUCGGCCACGGUCAAUACGCGCGAGUAUGAUGAGGCCGCCAUGCACAAGCGCUUCAUCCCCAUGAACGACGCCAUCCAUGCCCGUUCCGAAAGCGAGUUGGGCUUCAACCCGGUCGAUGUCACCGUGCGCUCGCUCUCCUUGCUUACUGGCAACCUGCGCCAGUUUGUCGAGUCGGCUUUGGGACGCGAUGCAAGUUCCCAGUGGAAGAAGAUCACAAAGUUUCCGCACCACCUCUUUUUUGAUUACUCCCCGAGUGGCGCCCUCGACAUCAUGCUAUGCGCUUGUCUGAACUUCAAGGCAUUACACGGGCUGAGGAGACUCGAGUUUUCGAAUAUCGACAAGCGCGACUUUUACAUGGACCUCCUGCGCAGAAUCCACAGGAAUUUGCUCCAGGCUGGCCUGAUUCCGGCAAUCAAGGUUUUUCUCGCAUCCAAUGUGGACUCUGCUCAUCACGCCGUGCUACGUGCAAUUGUGCAGAAGCGAGGCCUGAUGGUGGGGACUGCUGCCAGCGCAACGCACAUCGUUUACCCGGAUCCAGAUGGCACAGCAGCAGAAGAAACGGAAGGCACUGACUACUGCCGAGCUUUGCAAUAUAGGGAAAAUGCUGCCCUGGUGCAUUGGUGGUACUACCCCGAUUCUUACGACUCAUGGAUCUCUCGAGAGGACGUCGACGGCCCACCGGAGCCGCCUGAGGUUCAUAAAGGGCCUUGGCAUGUCCAGACCAGAUGGCUGCAUGAUUCGGAAAUGUUCAAUGAAUGGAUGAACGAGACCGAUUACGAGAUACCUGACGACAGUCGCAUGGCAGUCACGUCAGUGCCGACAGCUGUCAAAGACAAAUCUGAACCGGAAAAAGCACCAAGGAAGAGAAAACGUCUUCCCACUACCUCUUCCUCGAAUCAUCAAACCGAUCCCGCGCAGGUCCCUCGAGCUAGUCGCCUCGGUGUUGAGGCAUCGAGCAAGGCAGACUCGUCAGAUGACUCCGAUGACGAGGCCGUUCGGAAACCAAAGCGGCAUAGCGAGUCAGCGCGCGAACGCAAGAGAAAAGAACCAGGUAACCACAGCAAGUCGGGAGACGGUGGCGCCAGAAAAAGGGCUAGAACUGCAGAAGGUACGGAGCAGAAAUCUGGUUCCAGCAUUCAGGUACGGCUGCCGCUGAAGCCACCACAUGAUAGACCAAGACAUCGCUCCAGGGACCGCCACAGAGAUCGAAAGGGGGAAGGCACCCGGGCGGAGGGCCGGGAAGGCAGGAUGGAAUUGAAGGAAGGUAACCUGCGAGUGAAAUUACCGAAGUUUGGAGAUGCCAAGCGCACUGGCGACCCGGACAGGAAGUCCUCCUCAAAGGAUGCGCAGAGAAAUUCCCCCAACGAGAAUGCGUCCAGCGCGAACCGGUUACCAACUUCUCGGGGAAUCGAAGAGAGAAGCUCUACUGGCGGUAAGGCAAAGGAUAUCGGUAAAGCAGGGCCAUCUGCAUUACCUCCAAAGCCUGACCAGAAAGCAAAUGGGGGCGAAAAUAUCGCAGGAGAACAAGGAGGGCAGGAGCAAAAGAGACCAUUCAGCAGACGACGCAGCAAGAAAAAAGAGCGUCGAUCCCAUAGCCGUAUGUCGGGCGUAUCUGUGGUGGAUGACGCCGUCCCAAUCCCGGAAGGUGAUGUACCCCGGAUACGCAAUAUUUCCACUGAAGGCGGGAGCGCAAUGUCUCCGAAUGCUGCAUCUGGAUCUGAAGCUGGAGAAGGAGAAAUUGAUGCUGGUGACAAGAAGGACACUGAUGAAGUAUCAGCCAAACCAAAGGGGAAGGUGAGCACCGUUGCUGAAGAAGCUAUGGAUGUGGAUUCAGGUGAUGGCAAUGGGAGGAUAAUGGCUCUAUCUGAAAAGAUGCUAUCAGGUGACCGAGCCAACGACCCCGUGUCAACAGCUGAUGUUGUGGAGGCCCUUCCUCCAGUUACGGUUAGAAUUCCUCCUCAGAGCCGAUGGUUCCGAAUGGAUGCUGUUCAUGACAUAGAAAGAAGGUCCUUACCGGAAUUUUGGAACAGUCGAGGAGAGUCUAAAACCCCGCUAGUCUACAAAAAAUACCGAGACUUUAUGAUUGACGUCUGGAGGCAGUCGCCUGACAAGCACCUAACUGCCACAGCUGCACGUCGUCACUUGGCCGGGGAUGUGUCUGCAAUCCUGAGGGUACAUGCAUUUUUGGAGUAUUGGGGCCUGAUCAACUACGGAACAGAGCCUGAGAGUAGGCCGUUUCUGAACUCGGCUCUUCUACCACGUCGUUCUCGCCCAACGCCGAUGCAGCUGGACUCAAAUGUAGCUGCACCCGCGACUGGCGUUCCAAGACUUCUGUUCUUUGACGAACCCCGCCCUCCCCGCCGUGACAACGGCCCAGUGUCUCUACAAAAGGCUGUCAAGGCUGCGAAGGAAAAAGGGACGAGGGCUAGAAGUCACGUGCUCUCCCGCCGUGAAUUAUAUUCAACCGCAGCUGCUACGAAGUACGAAUGCGACGCAUGCGGUAAAGACUGCUCUCGAAUGAGAUAUCACUGCGUUGCAAAUGCAGACAUGGAGCUGUGCCCAACAUGUUUUGCGAACGGCAUGUACCCUGCAAUUUUCUCGGCUAGGGAUUUCGAGCAAUUGACCACAGUACUUGCCUCAGAAGCGUAUGAUGGUUCUGUGUGGAGUGAGGCAGAGGUGUUAUUACUUUUAGAGGGCCUCGAAAAACAUGGAGACAACUGGAAUCAGGUUGCAGAACAUGUCGGCACGAAAGGCACCGAGCAGUGUGUACUCCAGUUCCUUCGAAUUCCAUUAGAAGACUCCUUCUUGGAAGAUCAGGUUGGGAACUGGACUAUGGGUGAGGACGGUGAGGAGGGGGUUGAUGAUGUGAAAGACACGAACGCAUCGGGAAAGCAUCACUUUUCGGGUCCCCUUCUUCCUUUUUACGACACUGCCAACCCUAUCAUGGCGCAAGUAGCUUUCUUGGCGUCCUCGGUCGACCCCGAAGUAGCCGCUGCAGCGGCGCAGGCUGCGCUCAAUGCAAUUACGUCACAGUCUGGACCAAAAUCGCCGAAGCAAGAAAACAGGACAGCCCAGGCCAAAGCUCUUCUCAUGAAUCCCGCACAGCAAAAGCGCUCGUCGACAGAGAACGGUUUCUCUCCAAAUGCAGGCACCGCUCGUGGGACGGAGAUGAGCUCGUUGCCUGGUAAACAACUAGACUCAGUUGCAGUGGAAUCAGUCGCCGCUGUAGGACUUGCUGCUGCCGCGUCCAAGGCUCUUCACAAAGCCCAAGCUGAGAUGAGGGAAAUUGAAAGGCGUUAUGCAGUUGCUAUCGAGACGAAGAUGCGAGCUGUUGACUUGAAAGUGAAGGAGUUUGAACGUCUUAAUCAGCAUCUUAGGAGAGAACGCGAGCGUCUGGAGAAGCAAAGACAGCGGGUUUUUGCAGACCGUGUUGACGCAAUUGCAAUGCGCAUCCAGAGCGAAGCGCAGAGUCGAGCAAUGACCAUGCAAUCAAGUGCAGCUGUCGUACACCCGGUUGCCUCCAUGCCUCAACUGCAACCCCAGGGUACUCUGGGUUCCUUGAGACCGCCUCCGGGUAUCAGUGGGAUACCAAUGCAUCACGGGCGCCCUGGUUUGCAGCACAGUCAGUUGCCAAUGCAACAAAUGCAACUACCGAUGCACCAAAACCAAACGCCAUUACAGCAAGGUCAACUGCUUAUUUCACACACCCAGCUACAGCUACCGCAAGGUCAAGGUAUUGCGCAGCAUCCCCAGGCCCCGGUGCAGCAGCGGACAUCUCCGUUGCCUCCCGGUGCUGUUUCCGCGCAGCUUGACGCAAGUGCCUUACAAGCAGGAACAGCUCAAGCACAGCACCAGGCAGGAAUGAUUCGUCCGCACACUGAUGGUGGUCCCAACAAAUAA